GGAAUAUAGUUUUACUAUACAUCAUCAACUGUGGGACAUCCUGUAUAUUUAGUCGAUGAAAUUGGAAAUGCUAGAAUCGACCCACAUCGACCGUGCAACCCGUUCAACCUUACAUGAUCGAAAGUGACAUCAAGAAUCAUGAUUUUUUCUUGUCACCACGAUGACAGAAACCCAAAUCAACUCUCAAAAAUUCCAAUUGAGGAGAAAAUCUCUGGGCUCUCCAACUACUAGAAAACCGAUCUUGAUAUCACCCAAGCGCAAGACUCUGCCGCUGCCGAUCAUUCUUCGUGAUGGAGUAGAUGUCACCCCGAAACCUCUUAACCCCGAAAUAUUCACCGGUGGUAGAGAGAGGCAACUGAGCGUUUAUGAUAUCGGCUUAGAAAGAGACCGUUUAGAGACCAGGGCCUCAAGAAGCCACAGCCAAUCCCUCAAUGUAUUCAGGACACAGUCUACAGUUCGGUUCAAACCAGAAUAUGGUAAGACCAGGGAUGAUUCCAAUCAGUACCGAGGAAGUGUCAGCCAAGGAAGUAAUUUCUUUGAUCCGAUUAUCUCGGACAUUGAGGAUGAGCAGGCAUCUAUAUCGAAUAUAUCAGUACCGUUGGAACCCAGUAAAGAAAUACAGGAAGACAGGGUAAAAAAAAUACCUAGUCAUAUCAGUCUGAUUCUCACUGAAACUAACACAUUUUUUAUAUUGGAUAUGCCCAGUUGCACUGCCAUAAAAGAUACUGAUGAAGGAAACCAAGUGGAAGAAGAUAAUGCCCAAUACGAAUUUCUAACGGAAGGUAAGGGAAAAAAUCGGAAAACGCUGAGUGCAGAAGUCCAAACAUUCCCGAUCGUUAUGAAAACUAGAAGCACUUUCCCAGAGAAAGUGAAAACCCAAACUGGAACAGCGUUCGUUUCCAAUUGGAAUAUGUAUGACACCUACCAAGCAACGAAAGAAACAUUAACAGAAGAAAGUGAGGAAUCUGAUGAAGAUUCCGAUUUUGAAUAUCACAAGUUAGAUGACCUCAGUUCUCUGGAUAGUUAUAAAUUAUCAGCGGAUGAAAAAAUGAUGGCCAAACUGAUGAAAAAUCCUAGAUUUUUAGAGGCAGUAUGUGUAAUCGAAAGAUUGCUGGCCAACAAUUGUUAUAACGAAGAACAAAAAAUAUUUCGGGCGUUAUCAGUCCCUGACGACUUCCGAGAAAACAUAGAAUACAAGUACAAACUUAGACUGUUAUGGACUUUUUCCAAUGAUAAAACUAAAGGUUUGAGUGUGAAUUCAGUACACUGGAAUCCUGCAAAUAAGGAUAUAUGUGCAGUUGGAUAUGGAAAAUUUUACUUCCAUGACAACUUACCAGGUUUGGUAAUGAUUUGGAAUAUAAAAAAUCCGGUGCAACCUGAGAGAAAUUACUCUUUCGAUGUACCAGUCACCUCCGUUUGUUUUUCAUCUUCCAACCCCAUUUUACUCGCUAUUGGCUUUUAUGAUGGUUCAAUCAAGGUUCUCAAUGUUGUUAGCAGAGACAUAAUGAUAAUAGGAGAAAAAAUGCCUACAUAUGAACCUGUAUGGAGCGUUCUCUGGCAGUAUGGAAGAACUGAGAGAGUACAUGAGGAACUAGUUGGGGCUACUUUUGAUGAUGGAAGGUUAUGUGCUUACGCCGUGCAAAGAAAACUGCAAGAGGUGAAGCAGAUGAUGAGGGUGGCAAAAGCUGAUGGAAAGCUCAAGGGGUACGACGUGAUGAAAAAAUGCUCAAAUUUAACGAUACCAGCAUCUCGAUAUUCGUCAGCACUAUUCGCGAGACCGCACCCCGUGAACAAUACCGUAUAUUUUAUUGGAACCAAUGAAGGAACCAUUCACAAGUGCUCUGUGAACUAUCUGAAUCAACAUUUAGAUAUUUUUCUUGCACACGAUGGACCAGUGAAUCAGAUGAAAUUUUCUCCAUUUAGUAAUGAUAUUUUCGCAACGUGUGGAGAUGACUGCUCCACAAGAAUAUGGGGAGAAGGUAUUUCUGAACCUGUGCUGGAAUUUUCAUUAGCCAUGAAGAGUGUAGAAGGAUUCGAUUGGAGCCCAUCGCACUCCACAGUGAUCGUAACAAUCCAAGGGACGGCCAUACAAAUAUGGGACUUGCAGAGGAAAGCGUACGCUCCUCAGUCGAUCACUGAAUCUCCCACAGGCUCCAGAAAUUCAGUGGUCCAAUUCACCGAUUCGGGAAGGUGUCUUAUAGUGGGAGAUGUCGACGGAUAUGUGCAUGUGUUUUCGUUGGAGGAUAUGCCUUUCCCGGCGUUUUUCCAAGAAAACCUUCUUUUCGAGUCGAUUGCCAAGGCGCUGGUAACGAAUGUCGAUCUUCUGAACAAAGUGAAGAAAUUGAGGCGAUCAGAAACUGAAGAGGAACCUGAAUAGUUUAUUGUAUUAUUUAAAUUUGUAGGUAUAUGCUAAUUCGAAUAUUCAGCAUGUCCCCGAAAAGGUCAGUCUGUUAAAAAUAUAUUCCUUCAACAACAUAAUAUGAUAUGAUUUUAUCUCAUGCCAUUAUGUCUUUUGUGCCAACAUACAGGGCAUCAAAGUUCGGAAUCGGAAACCGUUUUUUAUCACGUGUCCAAUGAGGAUCAAAUGCAAAUAAAGCAUCGUGCAAUAAUAGGAAUCUCUCAACAAAUAAUCUUAGUGGUGAAAAUUGCUUCCU